AUGUGGCAAAACCUAAAGUGCGUCGAUGACUUCUUGAACCGCGCGUUCCACAAAUUAGGCCUCGUAGUCGGCCGGCACCCCGGCUACUUCGUAAUCGUGCCGUUGCUAUUGGCUUGCAUAUGCUUCACUGGCUACCAAAGGAUACACUACGAGAUCGACCCGGAAUAUCUCUUCUCACCCAUCAACGGCCCCGGCAAGACCGAGCGAGCGGUGGUCGAGCAGUACUUUAAAGUCAACUAUAGCUACCAGUUCGAUCUCAGCCGUAUCACCAGGCCAGGUCGGUUCGGUCAUGUCAUUGUGACUCCCAAGGACGGCGGGCACAAUAUGCUGAAGAAGGAGAUUUGGCAGGAGCUGAUAGAGCUCGACCGAAUUAUCAAGGACAUCAAGGCCGACUACGAGGGCGAGACGUUCACUUACGAGCACAUUUGCGCGCGAUGGCUCAGCGAGUGCUUCGGUAACAACAUCUUGGACCUGCAUCAUGUGAUAGCCGAGGUGGAACGGGGGGACCUGAAUCUCACGUUCCCGCUGAUGCUUAAUCCGGUCACGUUGGACGCCCUGGUGUUUCCGGUGUUCUUCGGCGGAAGCGUCAUCGAUAACGGCUUAAUAAAAUCGGUGCCCUCGGUGCAGCUCGCCUACUUCAUCACCGUCGAUAGUCCGCGACAAGACGCAAUCGGCGCCGCAUGGGAAGAGGCGUUUCUGGAGGUCAUCGGCAAGGUCGAGGACGAAGGUGCCUUCAAGCACAUUAGCACCGCGAGAUUCGCCUCGAGGACCCUCGAGCUGGAGCUGGAGGCCAACACGAAGACGGUCGUGCCGUACUUCGCCAGCACGUUCAUCAUAAUGGGCCUGUUCUCGGUCGUGACGUGCAUGAUGACCGAUUGGGUGCGCAGCAAGCCUUGGCUCGGUUUGCUGGGUAACAUCUCGGCCGCCAUCGCGACAGGCGCUGCCUUCGGACUGUGCAUGUAUCUGGGGAUAGAUUUCAUCGGCAUCAACCUCGCCGCGCCGUUCCUCAUGAUCGGAAUAGGCAUUGACGACACUUUCGUCAUGCUGGCGGCCUGGAGGAGAACGAGCAUCAGCAAGCCGGUACCGGAAAGGAUGGCGGCGACGUUGAGCGAGGCAGCCGUUUCCAUCACCAUCACAUCCUUGACGGACAUGAUAUCCUUCUUCAUCGGCAUCAUGUCGCCCUUCCCUUCGGUCAAAAUUUUCUGCAUCUACUCAGGUUUCGCGGUAGUCUUCACGUUUCUGUUUCACAUAACGUUCUUCAGCGGGUGCGUCGCAAUCAGCGGUUACUGCGAACGGAAGAAUCUGCACAGCGUCGUCUGCUGCAAGGUGGAGCCUCUAUCUAAAUCCACUCACCGGUCGUGGUUGUACCGAGUGCUGUGCUCCGGCGGAAUUGAUCCUGACGAUCCUCACAAUCCGAUCGACAAUCCCGAACACGGAUGCAUGACUUGGUUCCGCGAUUACUUGGCGGUUGCGCUCAACUACCGAGCCGUGAAGGCGUUCAUCAUCGUCAUCUUCAUAUGCUACCUUCUCGGCGCCCUUUACGGGCUUACGACCCUCCAAGAAGGUCUGGAACGACGCAAACUUUCGAAAGAGGAUUCCUACUCGAUCGCCUUCUACGACCGUCAAGACAUUUACUUCAGGGAGUUUCCCUACAGAAUACAAGUGGUGGUGACCGGCGAUUACAACUACAGCGACCCGGUGAUCCAGGCCCAGAUGGAGAACCUGACGAGGAGCCUGGAGUCGAGCAAGUACAUCAGCGAGCCGAUCUACACGGAGAGCUGGCUGCGCAAUUUCCUCAAGUACAUGUCGAGCCAAGAGGACAGCCUGAACGUCAGCAUCGACAACGAGCACGACUUCAUCGAGGUCCUGAAGGACUACUGGCUGUAUGAGAGCAGCGUGUACUCGCUCGACGUGAAGCUCGACGAUAAGAGGGAGAAGAUCGUGGCGAGCCGAUUCCUCAUCCAGGCGGUGAAUGUGAGCGGCACCAACCAGGAGAAGGACAUGGUGAAGGAAUUGCGCGGCAUCUGCGACGAGUCGCCGCUGAACGCCAGCGUGUUCCACCCGUACUUCGUCUUCUUCGACCAGUUCGAGCUGGUGCGGCCCACCAGCAUCCAGUGCAUGAUCUUCGGCGCGCUCGUCAUGAUGUUCAUCAGCUUCAUCUUCAUCCCCAAUAUCCUGUGCUGCCUAUGGGUCGCCUUCUGCAUCGUGUCGAUCGAGUUGGGCGUCGGCGGCUACAUGGCACUCUGGGACGUCAAUCUCGACAGCAUCUCCAUGAUCAACCUGAUCAUGUGCAUCGGCUUCAGCGUCGACUUCACCGCGCACAUUUGCUACGCCUACAUGAGCUCGAAGCGGGCACGGCCGGAGGACCGGAUGAAGGACAGCCUCUACAGCCUCGGCCUGCCGAUCGUCCAAGGCGCCGCCUCGACGAUACUCGGCCUGGUGGCGCUCCUCUUGGCUGGCACCUACAUCUUCCUCGUGUUCUUCAAGAUGGUCUUCCUGGUGAUCUUCAUCGGCGCGAUGCACGGUAUAUUCCUGUUGCCGGUGUUGUUGUCCAUCUUCGGGCCCGGUACCUGCAUCAGUCACUCGGACGAGCCCGACGACACGGAGAACGCAAACUCCGCGCCGGAGAAGGAGCCGACGGGCAAGUUCCAGCAGCCCUUCGUGAUCCCGCAUCCUCAUCUAGUCUAUUACACCGCGGGCGCGGUCAAGCCGCUCCAGGACAGCCCGGCGACUAGCAUGGCGGCCUUCGAGGAGCGGGACCCGGGCCUUGGCACCAGCGAGGACAGCAACUCGACCGAGAGCGGCUCCUCGCAGAGCAGGAGGCGCCAGUGCAAGCAGCAAGAGCAGCAGGAGCAGCCGCCGCCGAGUCAGGCGCGCCACGAGAUGUGGAGGAGAUCGAUCGGCGUCCUCUACGGCUUGUCGCAAUUUCAGCCAGCGGCGACCAGCCAGCCGCCCCACCCGGCGCCAGACUACCCCGGCGCCGUGGCGGAUAACCCCCGGCCGUCCUCCGGUGAAAAUGGUAAUACGCGACUGGCGCCUCACCUGGAGCCUUACGUCUUGUACCGUCAGCCGAGUCAAUUGCCGCGGGACUACAAACGCAGCAGAUCCUACCACAACCUGCAGCAUCCCGCGUCGACGCGCUACCCGACGGACCCCCGGUACCCUUAGGGAGAGACCGCGAGGCAGAGCUUCGCGCGAUAGCGUAAAAAGGGACGGAAGAGGGACAGCGACGCGACGAGAGAAUGACGAACGGAAAGUCCCCCGCCGGUCGAAUUCAACCCCCUGAAGCGGGACCACGGCGAGGACACCCAGCUGAGACAUUCUGGUCUGGUCGGGUAAUCGGAGACGGUCGUUGCUGCACAGGCUGUACGACGAUUUGGGAAGUCCAACACCAAGUCGGAAGAAGAGAAAGUCGCAAAGAAGCGAGGGAGUGUCUCAGCUGUAGAAGAGGCCGUGUUUAUCCUUGAGCUGGGAUAAUCGAGUCACGCGUCUCGGGGUCCUGAAUUCUCCGAGCCGAGGAGUUCAAUGAUGUGAUCCUGAAGACUUUUUAUACAAUAAUGCUUACUACGAGGUAGAAUAGCGGGUGUUAAAGUUGGUGGGUGAUGCCUAGGUCCUGCAGGUGGUAUCUUGCGAUACCCCGACGUUAUCCUGGACAUUUCUCGAGCAGUCGCGAUAGGGUGUCCCAAGAGUGGCGUCUGCCGAUCAGGCAGCCGCGCGAUACACCAAAACGGUGACGGCAUUCUCUCCAAAGAAAUUUAGGGAAUGUGCGAAGCGCUCUGUCAUCGUAGCUCGUAGUCGGAAGAGGACAGAUCUGUCAAGCCUUAAGUAUCUCGAGACUUAUCGAUCCUUGGAUCUUUAGCAGCGUAAAUUCACGCACGUCCAUAUUGUUACCGUAUAUACGUAGGUAUACGUAAUAUUAGAACCCUGUAGCACACUGACUGUAGCUAUUCGAUCUUGAGUUUUCUUCACCUGAUGCAAACGGAACGAGCGCAAACUGGAGAUUAGGUAGACGCACGUAGCGCUAGGUAUACGGUGAAAAUAGGGGACACACCACGCGAUUAACUUAAUCGGCCGAUUGUGCCAUCUCGGAAUUGGCCAAUCGCAUUUGUCGCUGAGCAGAAUUGGCCGAUCACGGUUGGCGCUUGACGGGUGGCCAGUUGAGUCAAUCGAAGACAACGAGAUUGGCCCGAAGAGUUACAAGUUUUCAAUCACCCGGAUUGAUUGAUUGAUUCUUGCGGCAACCUUGAAUUUAAAUUAUCCGAUCCCGAGCGUUAACGUGAAUUCUUAGAUCCUUGGAUCAUAAUCAUAAAUCGACCCCAAUACAUGCUGAUCCAUCCCUCUACUGUCGCAGAUUCCAGAUAACGCAAGACGCCGCAGAAUCAUCCCGCAUGUGCUCCCGGGAUGUUCUGGGGAGUGUCUCAUGACGUGUCUCCCGGCGUCCUGAGAUCCUGAGAUCGUCCAGAACGUUCGAUCUCAGGACGUUUUCCGUGAUUUGGGAUCACCACACUUUUGUGUUGGCGUAUAUAUUUGAUUAUUGCGCCCUUCGCAGCCAAAGGAUUAAUCUUGUAGCACUCGUGUUAUGCAACUCUCCGUGUAAGGAUAAUGCAAUCAUUCGAGAGGAUAGAGCCAAGGUGACGAUGACUCGUUCGGGCUCGCGUUAGUUGUUAAGGAUAGCUCAAACCGAACGAGAUAUAAUAUAGUAUAUAAAAAACAAUAUAAACAUAUAUACAUAUAUAUAU